UUGAAAGGUUACGGACCUGGCCUGCUGGGCCUUGGCCGAGAGCUAAGAGGGCUCAUUUACCUAGUUCCGUGAACCUAGAGAAGGCAGGCGUUCGUAAACAAUAAACAUUGCUCAAAAGCAACCUAAAAGACAUUACUUGAAAAAACAAGAAUAUGUUGUCCGAAAUAACAGCUAUCAAUUUAUCACAUAUUGAUGGUGCUAAGCUUCAGGCUAGUGUUUCCGAAGUGUCUACACCGGUUGCGAAGAAGAGGCCGAUGAAGGAAGAUGAAGCCACCGACACCGUUCACCUAACCCCUGCUAAAGAGUUCUGGUCAGAGGAAAGGUUAAACAAACGAGCAAAAAAGUUCAGGGUAGAAUGGAUGAAUGAAGAUUAUUUUAAGGACUGGCUCCGACCGCAUCCAACGGAUGAAACUUACUGCAUCUGCGUUGCUUGUGACAUAAGACUUCGCUGUGGGAAAUCAGAACUUGAAAAACAUGCAUCUGGUUUGAAGCAUUGCAAGAGAUUGGAAGCAAUGAAAGAAAAUCCAAACCAUGUCUCACGACUAGCUAUGCUGUCAGAUAGUUCCCAGUCACAAACAGAGCAAAUGCUUUCUGAAGAGAAUGGAACCUUUUAUGUUGCAACAGAAGACCUCGAGCACUCUGCUGCAGGGGUAGCUGACAGUACUCUCUCUAAAGCUCUCAUAAAGUUAUCUAAAUACUUGGAUGACAAUUCUGACAUUGCGCAGCAAAAACUUAAAAUGGCAGAGUUGGAGCACCAGCGUAGGAUGCAAGUUUUAAACAAGGAACUAGAAUUGAGGGCCAUCGAAGUAUUAAUUAGGCAAAAAGAAUUACAAAACUUACAUACUUUUGCAACAUUGCAGAAACCUGAGUUGGAAACACAGUCACUAAUCAUUCAUAAUGUGGAUGACGACGAACUUGACAAAUCGUGACUCUUAACUUUUCGCAAAAAUCUUUUUCUUUUCUGUUUUCUCUGCCUGGGGUGAUGAUGGUCCAAUAUUAAAAUCUCUAGAAUAAUGUUUUACUUUUUUAAAGAUAUUAAUACAAAUUCAGUUUUGACAUUUUGUUUAAGAAAAAUUAUUGCUUCAAGUAGUGUCACUUGUGUUUUGGUUCCAAAUUGAACCGUAAAUUGUGUUAACUAUUAUGUAAUUAUAGAAGUAUCAGUUGGCUUUUGUGAUAAGUUCAAAGAUAACUUAGUACAAAGAUGUAUGCCAGUUAUAUUCCAGAUUAUAAAAUAAAGAAAAAAAGGUGUACAUAAUUUCCUGAA